AUAUCCAUCCUUGCCUUCAAGUUGUCCUUUGUCAAUGGGUCAUCCAUAACGGUGUGAAAUAUAUUACCAAAAAGUUUGGUAUUGGGAUCUAUUGAAUUUGCAACAGCUUGCAGAUGGUGAUAAAAAUGGAAAAACCACCUAUACCAGACUUGCAGCUUCAGAAUUUCCAAGUUCGAAAAGCAGUACAGCAGCAAUUAAUUGGUGCCAUCAGAGGCUUAGUGGGUUUACUUCUGUUUGCCCUUGCCGUGUUUGUAACAUUGAGGCAGAGAAAGAGAACAGUCAAAAUUGUAAAAGCAGUAGAAGAUUUUCUGAUGGUAUUUGGAUACAGAGAUUUGCAAAAUGCCACAAAGAAUUUCUCUGAAAAACUGGGAGGGGGAGGUUUUGGUUCUGUUUUCAAAGGGACAUUACCAGACUCAACUGUCAUAGCUGUCAAGAAGCUUGAGAGCAUCAGUCAGGGGGAGAAGCAGUUUCGAGCAGAAGUCAGCACAAUUGGGACAAUCCAGCAUGUUAAUCUUGUUCGGCUUCGAGGGUUCUGCUCUGAAGGUACAAUGAAGUUGUUGGUCUAUGAUUACAUGCCAAAUGGUUCUUUAGAUACCCAUCUUUUCCACGAGAAGGAUUCAAAGGUUCUGGACUGGGAAAGAAGGUACAAAAUUGCGCUAGGAACAGCUAGAGGUUUGGUUUAUCUGCAUGAAAAGUGCAGAGAUUGCAUCAUUCACUGUGACAUAAAGCCAGAGAACAUUCUUUUGGAUGCACAGUUCUGUCCAAAAAUUGCAGAUUUUGGCCUGGCAAAGGUUGUUGGCCGGGACUUCAGCAGGGUCCUUACAACCAUGAGAGGGACAAGAGGCUAUUUGGCACCAGGGUGGAUUUCAGGAGUAGCCAUAACAGCCAAGGCAGAUGUUUACAGCUACGGGAUGAUGCUUUUCGAGUUUGUAUCAGGAACGAGAAACUUUGAACAUACUGCAGAUGGGAAAGUUCGUUUCUUCCCAACUUGGGCUGCAAGCAUAGUGUCUCAAGGGUACGAUGUCCUUAGGCUGUUAGACCCCAGGUUGGAUGGCAACGCCAAUGUAGAAGAGCUAUCAAGAAUCUGCAAAGUGGCAUGCUGGUGCAUCCAAGAUGAUGAAACUCACAGGCCGUCCAUGGGGUAGAUUGUUCAGAAGCUUGAGGGGAUUUUGGAUGUGAACCUGCCCCCAAUUCCGAGAUCUCUACAAGUAUUUGUAGACAACCAAGAACACAUAAUUUUCUUCACUGAAUCAUCCUCAAGCCAGAGUUCCCAGAAGCGUAGCAAUGCUUCAACUGCUUCUUCUCAGACCAACAGCGCCACAUCCUCAAUGAAUCCGUAAAUCGUGAAAAUGAAUUGACCAAAAAAAGGUAUCUGGAACGUUUAGAUUUCAUUUGCUA